AUGACACCGGAGAAGAAUUGUUGCUCAGUACAUACGACAGUAGAGGAGUCGGCGGCGCCGCGUUCUCGUCAACACGGGUUUGUCCAUGAACAUCGGUUCAUUCGAUCAACUAACAACACGAAUCGGAUGUUUACGACUAAAAAGAUGUGGAUCAAUACAAUCUUUUGCAUGCGCAGGUCUGCAUCAAACUAUGACGAAGAAGAAGUCAAAAAGUUCUACGUGGACUUGGAGAAGUUCUACAGAGAUGACCGUACAUUCUUCAAGAUUAUCAUUGGAGAUUUUAACGCUAAGAUUGGACCAAGAAAAACGUUUGAAGAACGUUACAUUGGGAACCCACGGAUUAGAAGUGAACGAGCAGAGUAA